UAGGAGUCUCAUUCACUAUUGCUGUUGGACGUCGCACCACUUUCUAUAGGGGUAGAGGACGCCGAGGGGAAUUUCUGUGUAGUUAUCGCAAGAAACACCACGAUUCCUUGUCGGAAAGAACAGAAUUUCACGUGUAUUGAUAACAAACAGAGCAGAGUAGAUGUCAGAGUUUAUGAAGGAUGCAUGAAGGAGGCCAAGCGGAACCAUUUUCUGGGACAGCUCCAGAUUAAAAAUAUUUUGCCUUCCCAUCCUGGAAGCCCAUGGAUAAAAGUGACCAUUGAUAUUGACGCCAACGGAAUAACAACAGUUAAAGUAACAGACAUCAGAUCUCUGCGCUCUGAGUCCUUUAAGAUAGGAAAUGACAAAGGCAGACUGAGUCAAGAACAAAUUGAGCACAUGGUAAAGGAAGCUGAAAAAGAGAGAAUGAAAUCUGCUACAGAGCUUAUGCCAAGGACUUCAAAACUACCUGCGUUGCCAGUGGGAUAUGAAGAAAAAGCUUCUGAUGUAAACUCUUAUGGUAUUGGAUCUUCUGUCAGCAAUGUUCUUAAGGAGACCCCAAGACUGAAUAUAUCCUCACUACAAGCGAUGUUUAAUAUUCAAGAGAACAAUUUAUGGAAACUUGGAGCGAAUUUGGAGGAGACUUUUGGAAUUGACAUCACAAAAUGUAUGGACAUCCUCCAAGGAGCAGGAUUAAAUUCACUUGGUAAAAAGGUUGGAGAUGAUGUCCUAGAAUUGAUAUCUUCAGCCCUGGCCCUGCUCCUUAUCCUUAAAAUAAUUGUUCCAGAGUUAUUUCCUUUAGACUUUUCUAAUCAGCUCAGUCUUUUGUCUGCAUUCAUGAAAGCAGAAAAUAAAUUAAAGAAAAUGAGCAUUGAUGGUGGAUUUUUAGAGGAAAGGCUAAGAGUUUCGGUGGAGACAUACAUAGCCAAGAGACAGAAAUAUGACUGGGUGUGUGAUAUGUUGGAAUUAGGUCAUACGUGGGAGGAGGCGGCCAGUAGAAUGCUUGGAUACACUUCAUCUCUGGAAACUAAAGCCCCUCUUUAUAUAUAAGUGAAACUGUAAAGGAUGACUGAGA